AUCGCACAUCGCUAAUUUGCAAAAUAGCUUUCUCAUCCUGGAAAGGUUUUGCCUAUCUAAAAAUAAUUCAUAGUUCAUAGAAAUCAUCUCCAAACUUAAGGAGAUCCAGCAUAAGAAUACAACAUGAUUAUCACCGUGAAAAAUUUGCAGCAACAAACUUUUACCAUUGAUUUUGACCCGGAAAAAACAGUUUUGGAACUAAAAAAACAAAUAUACAAUGAACGCGGCGUGGAAUACAUAGUCGAGAAACAAAAAUUGAUUUACGCUGGCGUCAUUCUGACAGAUGACCGCACCAUAAAUUCAUACAAAGUUGAUGAGAAGAAAUUUAUUGUGGUAAUGCUGACACGUGACAUCAGCGGCGGUGGCAACAACAGCACAGCUAGUGGAUCGAGUGCUCCACAGCAGAAACAAAUUGACGAGGAUGCCGGAAAGAAGUCGACAGAAAUUCCUGUCACAACCACAGAUAACCCGCAGACAGACAAGAAGCCUGACACUAAGGAAGGAGAGCCGUUGGCAGAGCGAAAGACUAGUGACAAGACAAGUGAAGCUCAAGCGUCGAGUGCCGAAGCUUCUGCUCCUGCUGUAGGAGAUGACGCUGCCCAGAGACCAUAUUCGAGCAACGAUUUAGUCGGCGAAUUGGCCAAUGCCUCUUUGCAAUCUCGUCCCGAGUCCAAUUUGCUAGUGGGCGAGGAAUAUAGUCGCACUGUUGCCUCCAUGGUUGAAAUGGGUUAUCCCCGUGAACAGGUCGAGCGUGCUAUGGCGGCCAGCUUUAAUAAUCCUGAGCGCGCUGUUGAGUAUCUCAUUACCGGCAUACCGGAAGAAGAAGAUUCAUUCAAUCCAGGUGCUGUUGAUGAGCCAACCAGAGCCGCAGAUUUGCGCAACGCUUUGCGUGAUAUUGAUCCUACAGGAGAACCCUCAGGCGAUGCUUCGGCUGACCCCUUUGAAUUCUUGCGUAGUCAACCACAAUUUCUACAGAUGCGUUCCCUAAUAUAUCAAAAUCCUCAUCUUCUACAUGCCGUCUUACAACAGAUCGGUCAAACAAAUCCAGCUUUACUUCAUCUUAUUUCUGAGAACCAGGAUGCGUUUCUAAACAUGCUAAAUCAGCCACUAGAAGGCGAAGCGGGUGGCAAUGCUCAGCGCGCUGCUCGCACACAGGCUGCCCCACGCCGAAUAGAGAAUUUAGUUGCCUCAUCACUUGCUGAUGCAGGCGCUCAGCGUACUGCCGCUGGUGGUGAACAACAGUCUGGCGGCUCUGCCACUGCAGAACGCGAGGGAGCAAGCACAGGUGCUGCUGAUAGAGAGAGCGCUGCACAGCCAGAGGGUAUGCCCACCAUUCGUCUGACCACCCAGGAUCAGGAUGCCAUAGAACGGCUUAAGGCGUUGGGUUUUCCGGAAGCGCUUGUUUUGCAAGCGUACUUUGCUUGCGAAAAGGACGAAGAACUGGCUGCGAAUUUCUUACUAUCUUCCAGCUUUGAUGAUUAAACUGGUCAACAACUAAAUUAAAAUUAUUGGUAAUGAACAACAAUGUACUGCUAAUGGAGAAAGACGAUUCGUAAUAAGAUAUGAUAAAUUACGAAAUGCGAUGUUACACACAACUAUAUACCGAAAUCGUUACAAAUAAAAACCGCGGUUAUUCUAUACCCCAAUUUGAGCAGUAUCGGGAUCUGGGAUAAAUAAGUAACACGCCCCAAAUAA